CGUCACCCGGUUGGACACUGGCCGAGGAUAUGUGGUUGAGGACGGACGAUAAGGACACUCUAACUUCAACAGACUCAGGUUUUUAGAAGACCAGGGUUCAUCUACUGGUUCCACUUGUCUCCCAUUUUUUAGAGCGGCUCCAUAUCAUCAUUAUUGUCCUCUCCAUUACUACGUGCAUCCUCAUCAUCAUCAUCAACAUCAUCGUCCUCAUCCUCAUUACCAUUGUGAUGGACUUCAACAGCACUGAGUCCUGGGUCUUUAUCAACACUUCGUUUCCCAUCCUGCCUGUAAUAGCCCCCAACAGGAGUUGCAUGGAAGCGUAUCUUCAAAGACUGGCUCAUUUGGAUGAGGGGCUCUUCAGCGACUUCUAUGGCCUCUGGAUUGCACUGAUGAUCAUAAACUCUCUCAUAUUUCUGGCAGGCAUGGUGCUCAACACAGUCGCACUUUAUGUUUUCUGCUUCCGCACCAAGCACAAGACCACCUCGGUGAUCUACACCAUCAACCUGGCGGUGACGGACCUCUUGGUGAAUCUCUCUCUGCCGACUCGCAUCCUGCUCUACUACAGUGGAGGAGCUUGCCUCACCUGCUCCUACAUGCACAUUUUCAGCUACUUUGUCAACAUGUACUGCAGCAUCUUGUUUCUGACCUGCAUAUGUGUCGACCGUUACCUCGCCAUCGUGCAGGUUGAAGCUUCCCGUCGUUGGAGGAACUCCAGUGUGGCCAAAUGUGUGUGCGUCUCGGUGUGGCUGCUCGCCAUCGUGGUCACCUACUCCAUCCUCUCCACUGCUUUCCAGCCCACUGGCUGCUGCCUCUCAAAGCUCCUCUUUCUCACCAUCACCGAGUUCUUUCUUCCCCUCAUCAUCAUUGUGGUCUUCACCUUGAGGAUCAUGUGGGCCCUUGCCGACCGCCGCCUGAUGCAGCAGAGCAGGGAGAGGAGAAGGAGGGCUGUCCAGCUGCUGACCACAGUGCUGAUCAUCUUCACCGUGUGCUUCACACCCUUCCACGUUAGACAGGUGGUGGUGUACUUCCACCCCGACAUGCCUCAUCAUGUUAUCGUCUAUCACUUGACCGUCACCCUCAGCAGUUUGAAUAGCUGUAUGGAUCCUGUCGUCUACUGCUUUGUAACAGCAAAUUUCCAGGCCACGAUGAGACAUCUUUUCCGUCGUGCAGAGCCCGAGCAGACCAGCGGUGACAUCAUUAGCAUGCAGCACAGCUCCAAGGCCUCAGGAGACACAGCCAACGCCAUCGCUAACAAUGUGAUCAUGAUGACCAAGAUUCCCACUUCGCCACAGAGGGACUCUCUGGGGAAGAACCUUGCAGUGUGAAUACCAGAGAACUGACAAUUAGUGAUGCCACAGUCACUUGGGGGAAGUACGGCUGAUACGUCUGGACUCUGCACGGAUUGACUGGUGAUAACAGUAACUGUGUGGCAUAGCACAUAGCAAUUGCUCAAAGUGAAACAGGGCCUACUGCAUCCUGAAAACUUUCACCAACUAGUUGAAGAAAUUACAACAUUGACAAGAGAUCAAUUUAGUCUGCAACUCAUAAUCAUUACAAUAACACCUUCUCAUUACUUUUCAGUUGUGAGACUAUAAAUUUUACAUGUUCAGCACAGCAAGAACAUAUUAAGGAAUAAUGACCACUUUUGUCCAGCAGAGGGCAACAUUGCCCUGGCUUUCAGAGACCUUUAGCGCGAGUUAGUUGAACGAUUAAUGUUUGAAAAGAGUUUGUUGGUCUGAAGCAUUAUAACAACUAUACGCUGUUAAAUCAACACUUUAGCAUUUUUUUUGUUUAUCUACAAUCAUAGUCACCUCUCUUGGCAGGGAAUAAAUACUGCAUAACAUGUAUGAAAACUACGGUGUUCAAACGGUACAAUGUUUUUUUUUUAUUUAAAAAAAUGUAUUAUCAUGUAUUGAUCUGGUUAUUUUCAUUGUCUGGCAUUACAGAGUUCCUUUGUCUUUUUCUCCCGUGUGUAAUAUCUCGAACGUCUUUAAAUUCCAUUAAGGAAAUGGGUUCAUAUAUAAGAAU